GUUCUUUUAUGAUCUUAGAGAUCAAGAAUGAAGAUUGGUGCAAAAUAUUAUGAAUUCAUUUUAUUUCGUUAGGUUCUCAUCAGCUGCUAAUCUACCUGUGAUCUGAUGUAGAAGGUAGACUUCGUUUAUUAUGUAAACGAAAAAUUUCAAUCAAACAAUACAAACUGAUCUGCAUCAGUAGGCCUCAGCAUACACAAAGGGAAAACCAAGGUCCUCAAAUUCAACACGGAGAACAGCAAUCCAACCACUCUUGAUGGCGAAACUCUGGAAGAUGUAGAAUCUUUCACAUACCUGGGAAGCAUAAUCCAUGAACAAGGAGGUUCAGAUGCAGACGUAAAGGCGAGGAUUGGCAAAGCAAGGACAGCAUUCCUACAGUUGAAGAACAUAUGGAACUGAAAACAACUUUCAACCAAUAUCAAAGUGAGAAUCUUCAAUACGAAUGUCAAGGCAGUUCUACUGUACGGAGCUGAAUCUUGGAGAACUACAACAACCAUCAUCAUGAAGGCGCAAGUAUUUGUAAAUAACUGUUUACGCAAGAUACUCAACAUCCAUUGGCCGGAUACCAUCAGCAACAGCCUUUUGUGGGAGAGAACAAACCAGCUUCCAGCUGAAGAGGAAAUUAGGAAAGGACGAUGGAAAUGGAUGGGAUAUACACUACGCAAAUCGUCAAACUGUAUCACGAGACAAGCCCUAACUUGGAAUCCUGAAGGAAGGCGGAAAAGAGGAAGGCCAAAGAACACAUUACGUCGGGAAAUAAAAGAAGAUAUAGAAAGGAUGAAUAACAACUGGAAGGAGCUGGAGAGGAUUGCCCAGGACAGGGUUGGAUGGUGAAUGCUGGUGAGCGGCCUAUGUUUCUUCACGAGGAGUAAUAGGCGUAAGUAAGAUGCACCAAAUAUAUAUGCAUUACACAUCAUCAUUCGAUUUAUGUGAGGGCUGGAAUACUGCCCAGGAGCCCAAACCGAUGCAGGUAUCUUAUUCUUCAUUGAACUACAAGAACAGAAAAAGAUAGUAUCUAUCAUAUCCCCACAAAAUGUUCGUUAAUGCAAGCAAAACUUUAUCAGCGAUUAAUAUUUGGGGAAAACCGAUAGAUCUACACCAUUUAUGAUGUAUCCAUAACCCGGAAUGUUCAUAAUACUGUUGAUCAUCAGAAUCCUUUCUUUUCCUAAAACAACUAGCAAGCAGCUACUGUCAGUCUAUAUAGCUAAAUGAAGGACAGAUAAAAGUCGGUACCUUUUGAUAUAUUUUUUCUAAUUGAAUAAGUAAUUCAAACCUUUAUAUAAUGAACGUAUCUUUUCUUACAAACUUCUGAAACAUUUCAA